AUGCAUAGUCUUCUUUUGUUGUUGCUUCUCUGGGGUACCAGCUCAUACAGCUUCCCCGUGUUUCAGGAUGGAGUCCGGCAAAAUGUGGAGACAGUCUGGAAAUACCUGGAAAACUACUACAACUUGGGCAAAGACAUGCAAGCUAAAAAUGUGAAUAGCAAGGAGGUGAUGGCUGAAAAGCUGAGGCAAAUGCAGAAAUUAUUUGGGCUGAAAGUGACUGGAAGUUCAGAUCCUGAAACCCUGAGUGCUAUGAGGAAGCCCAGGUGUGGGGUGCCUGAUGUGGCCCCAUAUGCCAUCACUCACAACAAUCCUCGUUGGAGCAAAACUCAUCUGACUUACAGCAUUUUAAACUACACUCCAUAUUUGCCAAGAGCAGUUGUGGAAGAUGCCAUCGAGAGAGCCUUUCGAGUCUGGAGUGAUGUGACACCACUAACAUUCGAAAGGGUCUUUGAGGAGGAAGGAGAUAUCGUGUUCUCUUUCCACAGAGGAGACCAUGAUGACAAUAACCCAUUUGAUGGACCAAACUAUAAACUUGCUCACACCUUCCCGCCAGGCCCACGUUUGGGAGGCGAUGUUCAUUACGAUCUUGAUGAGAGGUGGACUGACAACAGUGACAAUUUCAACCUGUUUUAUGUCACGGCUCAUGAACUCGGCCACUCCCUUGGACUCACUCAUUCUAGUGACAUAGGAGCACUGAUGUUCCCCAGCUACACAUGGUACACUGAAGACUUUGUGCUAAACCAGGAUGAUAUUAAUCGCAUCCAGGCUUUAUAUGGGCCUUCCCCAAAUCCCAUCCAGCCAACAGGUGCAACCACUCCACAUCCAUGUGAUGGUGAUAUAACCUUUGAUGCAAUAACUACAUUUAGGGGAGAGGUGAUGUUCUUCAAAGGCAGGUUCUACAUUCGGGUAAAUAGAUUCAUGCCAGAAGCUGAGCUCAAUUUGAUAGGUAUUCUCUGGCCAAAUCUGCCAGGUAAACUUGACGCUGCCUAUGAAGUUAGCAUGAUAGAUCAAGUCCGCUAUUUCAAAGGCAAUAAAGUCUGGGCAGUUCGAGAACAGAGCGUCCUGAGAGGAUUCCCCACAGACAUCCACAGCUUCUUUGGCUUCCCUAGCGACGUGACACACAUUGAUGCUGCCGUUUGUGAGGAAGAGAUUGGAAAAACAUACUUUUUUGUUGACCACAUGUACUGGAGGUAUGAUGAAAACACACGGUCCAUGGACCCAGGUUAUCCCAGAUUAAUAGCAGAAGACUUCCCUGGAAUUGAGGAUAAAGUAGAUGAUGUUUUCCAAAAAGACGAAAAUUUUUAUUUCUUUCACCAAUCAGUUCAACACAGAUUUAACCUCCGAAUAAGAAGAGUUGAUGAAUCCCGUGAUUCUAGAACCUGGUUCAACUGCUAA